CGUGUUGGACACCUAUUCAGUUUCCGCGUUACUUAAAUAAACAUAUAAACAUCCGAUUCCAAUUGGUAUACCGCUUCCGAUCAUAUGUAUAUAUAAAUAUACACGCAGCAAUUUUGUCAUGAUCAGUUUUAAUUUAUUCAAUAGUAGAGGAAUAAUAAUUUCAAAUAUUUAAGAAACUUAAAAUUGCAUUUCUACAUAGAGUUACCAACUUUGCUGUUUAAAAAUUAUUUCAGAGUUAACGUCAUUACCUCCAAGUGGAAACAUGCAACCAAAGAUUCCACUUAUUCUGUCGAGGCCACACGUGUGGUCUCAUAAUACAAAUUAUGUCGGUGCAGUUGGCCUACACAGUGAAAAUAGUUCAGCUGCACGUGCUCGAACACUUAGUAUAGAUAAACGUUUGAAUAAAGUCAUAUCUGUGCUAAAAGACAUGGAAAGGAAGGAUAUACGAAAGAUUGAAAAAUCUAAACGUGAUAUAGAAAAUUCCAUGUUAGCAUAUAAUGAAAAAAUGAAACAAAUAAAUGCUUCUAAGCGACAAAUUGCUAAAUCCCCCGAACAAUCAGAUUCCAACAGUAAUCAUUCGACUUCGACUCUUGCUUCACCUGGCAGUUCUUCCGGAAGUGAUAAAUAUUCACCUAGAACACGGAAUGUGUCACCGGUUAAGAGUCGUAGAGUGUCUCUUCCAAAAAUUGGACUUGGUACACCUAGAAACAUCAAUAAAAGAAGACUGUCUAGCGUUUCCGACAGCGAAGCAUUGCCUAAUUCGUUAAGUCAAAACAGAUCACGAUUAUUGCAAGAAACCUCGUCACGAUCGUUAACUUUUAGUGAAAAUAAAAAAUCUGAUAAACAGAUGAACAAAACAGAAGAUUGUGAAGACAACCAUAUUGAAAUAAGCCCGUUUCCGUUUGAAUCUUUUGAUUACGGUAACUUGAAAUAUGGUACUGAUGAAAAACCUACUAUUUCGCAAAGGGAUCGGCUUCACAGAAAAAGAAUUAACUACAAGCAAUUUCAAGAUGAAAAAGAACUUGAACGUCAACGUAUACUUAUGAAGAAAAAACAAUUACCCGAAAGUGAUCCUUUUGACCAUAGAAAAGAAAUUUUACGUCAGCAGGCGGAAAAUAAACGCGCUGCACUGCUUUUGGAGAAAGCGCGACAAGAGGCAGUGAAAAAUAAGAAAGAUGUAUGUAAUUCUUUCUGUUAUUCUUUUGCAAUGGAAGAACUCAUGAAAAAGUCUGAUCCAUUGGCAUACAUUGCUUCAGAAAAAGACUUCAUAUCUAAAGUUGAAGUUGACAAAAAUGGUACAAUUAAACAAACACUUGGUCCUGCUGUGUUGACAAUCAUUGGUGUUGAUGAAUUAAAAAAUUAUCAGGGAAUGAGAAUAAAAUGGUCUGCAAAAUACCGAUCACAUAAUACAGAAGAAAAUGAACAGUCUGGAGAUAGUUUUCUUCCACCAAUAACAGUUGGAGGACAAAAAUAUAAUUUUUCACGAGAGACCACUCGGGAGCAUGAAAAUCUCCAUAUUCAUAGACUAGAUUCUCAGUCAACCAUAUCAGUAAGUUAAAUGGUUUGAUGGUGUUUUAUCUGUAAUGUAAAUUGUUGGUUGGUUUCUAAAUGUAGUGAGGUUAGAUACCUGCAAAACAGUAAUGUAUGCUCUAAACUACACAAAACAGUAAUGCAUGCUCUAAACUUACAUUGACAUGUAAUCUAUAUCUCCUUUUAUUCAAGAUAAUGGCAUAUCGAGAGAUGGUUUGGUUACAAAAAGUUAUCGAUUCAAAAAAGCUUUACUUGCCAUUAUAUACUUUAAAAAUUUUGGAAUACAUGAAACUUAAAAUAUUGGGUCGUUUCACACUUAGAGCAAUUCACACACAUGGACACUGUUUAUCAUGCAUCUAACCUCAAUGAUAUAUUUGGUGCAGUUUGUAGUUUUGAAGAAUUCAGGGAUAUACUAAUAUUGAAACUUAUUGUUGGUGCUGGUUAAGAUAGUAUUGCUUGAAUUGUUAUAUUUCUGCAAUUUAACUUUACAAAAUACCUAAAAACCAAUUAUACUUGUGUUUGUAUACGCGUUACAUUUGAUAGUUUAUAUUUUAACAAAAAUUAAGAAACAAAAAUAUUUCAUUUCAUGUUAUUCGAAAUUUAUAUAAAGGAAAAUUUAUACUGGUAUUAUUAACGUUACGGGUCCUUGUUUUUUUUUCACAAAAGUUUGGUUUUAAGGGUCUGAUAUUUCAAUCUUUUAGUUCUUUUCGAAAAAGAACACGAAAGAUUUUAAUUGAGCCAUCAGAAAAUUUAAACGGAGAUUACAGCACAUAUAACUUUAAGAAUCUUUUCUACUUUUUUGGUUUCGAUUCGAAUGAAAAGAUUUUGAAGCAAAGAUGUCAAUACAUGUAAUUAUUUUUUUUAUUAUUCUGAAUUGUAUCUCGUUUUGUUAUUCAUUUCAUUUUUUCGAUUGAAAUGAGUGAAAUUGUAUGAUUACAUAAGAUUUAAAUCGCCCAAUUAUAGUUACUGCCUUGUAGAUUUCGUUGACAAUGAUUGGUAUUUAUAUUUUGUCUUUUUGUUGUAUUUCACUACAAGGUGGUUAAUAUAAAUAUGAUUGCAGCCUGUUCUUUAAGACAGAAAGAAGUAUGCAUAUGCGAGCAAUAAUUUACCUAAAGUAAAGUGUAAUAUUCAUAUGUUUUUUAGUUGUCGGACAUUUCAAUGUUUAAGUUCAGAACACUAUGAAACAAACUUCAGGUUGAUUAUAGCACACAAUAUCUUUUCACUUUUUGGUUUCGAUUCGAAUGAAAAGAUAUCAUAUGCAAACUGUCAAUAACGGUAAUCAUACUUUUAUUACGAUUUGUAUUUCAUUUUGUUAUUCAUUUCGUUUUUUUCGAUUGAAAUGAGUAGAAUUUUGUGAUUGUAAAAGAAUGAAAUUAUACAAUUUUAGUUUUUGCCUUGUUAAUUUCGUUGACAGAGAUAGGUAUUUAUAUAUUUGGUCUUUUUGUUAUAUUUCACGACAAGGUGUUUGUUUAUUAGAAAUAGUGUUGUAGUCUAUUUCACAGAAAUAUUGAUUUAACUAGCUAUUUUGAAAUUGCAUGUAUCCUUCAUAUGUUUAUCUUCACAACGAUGUCGUUUUCAUUUGUCUCGUAUUUUAAUCUUUUAGUUCAUUUCGAAAAAGAACAUGGAAGAUUUCAAUUUGACUAUCCGAAAUUUUUUACACAAUGUCUUUUCUUCCUUUUUUGGUUUCGAUUUGAAAGAAAAGAUAAAUUCAUUUUUUAUGGAUAGAUGUGAAUCAAUUAAAGCGAUUACUUAAACAAUAAUAAUAUUGCCUUUCUAUUUAUUUCAGUUUCGUUGCUUGUGAUUUUGGAUGAAAUUUGAAAUAUUGUUUUGAUAAAAUAAGAAUUAAUUCGUCAAGCACUGGUAAAUGCCUUAUACAUAUUGUUUUGAGAAGAUGUGAAUUUAUUUCCAUAUAUUUGAUCACAAGGCGUAAUUGAUAUAAUAUAAGUGGCUUUUUUUCUUUGAUAAAAUGCUAGAUUUGAUUUAACCAAGGUCAUUUUCAAUUAUAUAUACCCCAUUUAUAUGAAUGUGUUUUAUGUUUUACUUCACAACGUAAAUUACUUGAGAUGCUAUCAGUUACUUUGAUAUGGUGUGUAAAUAGAAUUAAGGAAAUUGAAAUUAAUUUAAAAUAACAUUUUACUUUAAUGGUAUAAAACAAGAAAUUCAUUUAAAUUGACACCAUUAAACUUUUUAAACCGUUCCCUAUUUAAUUUUAUUACUGUAUCACCCUUAACCAAUCUAUAUUUAACUUAAUUUUGCAAAUACAUAUGAUAGUAUGCUUUGUAUAAAACUGACUUUUUAAACGAAUUGUAUUUAAAAUCAAUUAUUUACAUUAAAAACUUAUCCUCAAUUCACUAACAUUUAAUUUCAGAAAAAGAAACAAAAUAGGCGGCGAAAACUCAAGGCUACUAUGUCUUCCAAAGGAUAGUUUUACUGUGAUAUAUGCUUAUGUAUUGAA